CAAAGCUCGCGGCCCCCGCACUACCCGUGGGCCAGCUGCACAAAGUUAGCUGCGCGGAGCAGUCUCUACCCUAGGGUCCAGAAGAACACAGACUUUCCCAGGUCCAGGAGUAAAAGGGAGAUAUGUGAUCAUCACCAUCCCCAGAGGUGCAAAAUUUUUAACUUUACGUGGAGUGUAGUCUUGGUGAAAUGUUACCAGGUGGUGCAGUGUUAGACACUCCUUGAUCCCUCUGCCUCUGGAUUUGGGCAGGGAAGCCUUGUUCUUUCAAAAUGGAAAUCAGCCACCCAGCUCAGCACCAACAGUCCCUUGGGAUCCCCCUAAGAGAGUGGUGAAUGGGUCUCCAGAAACUGAUUUUUUCAAGAACUCCUGUAUUCAGCCACUAUGUGAGAUUGAUUCCUGGUGGAUCUGAGAUUUGUAGAAACUAUGGGGAUGGUGAUGAUUACCAAUUGAAGAGCUCAUGAGGAGCUCAAUGGAGCCAUGAUUCUGGUUGGAGAAGGACCUGGUACCAAAUGCCAGCAAAAUACCAGCUUUAAGGACUCCUUUCAGCAUUUCUUGUAAGGCAGGUCUAGGGGGUGAUGAACUCCCUCAGCUUUUGUCAUCUCAGAAAGUCUUUAUCUCUCCUUCAUUUCUGAAGGACAACUUUGCUACGUAAGAUGUGCCAUCAUUAACUCUGUAGGACCUGGAAAACUAGAAUCUUUUCAAAGUGGGAAGAUGGAGGAAGAUACAUGAUUGUCACCAUUCCAGUUUUUUGUUCCAGGUCUUUUUCUCUCUUGAGCUAAGACAUGCAUGUAUGGGCUGGAGUGGAGACUGAUUUGAGUAAUAUGGCAAUUAAGCUCUACAGUUCAAUGCCUGGCUGUUUCCCUGGGAAUAAAUACUUCCACUGUGGCUCUUCAGCCCCAGGCAUAAAUGUGACUGUGAAUGCUUCCUUUAUCUAUUCGAAUGGUUUGAUUUAUAAGUCAAGUGACUGUCGGACUAGCACCUGUGAAGGCCUCGACCUACUCAGGAUAAUUUCAAGGGAAGAACGGAUGGGCUGUGUCCUCAUGGGGCCCUCGUGUACAUAUUCUACCUUCCAGAUGUACCUUGACACAGAUUUGAACUAUCCGAUGAUUUCAGCUGGAAGUUUUGGAUUGUCGUGUGACUACAAAGAAACUUUAACCAGGCUGAUGUCUCCAGCUAGGAAGCUGAUGUAUUUCUUGGUUAAUUUUUGGAAGGCCAAUAAUUUACCAUUCAAAACUUUUUCCUGGAGCACUGCAUAUGUUUUCAAGAAUAGUACCGAGUCUGAGGACUGUUUCUGGUACCUCAAUGCUCUGGAGGCUGGAGUUUCCUAUUUUUCUCAGGAACUUGUCUUCAAGGAAGUGUUGAGAGGAGAUGACCAGUUUCAGAAUAUCUUAAUGAACCAGAACAGGAAAAGCAAUGUGAUUCUUGUAUGUGGUGGACCAGAAGUUAUCUACUCCCUCAAGGGUGACCGGGCAGUGGCGGAAGACAUGGUCAUUAUUCUAGUGGAUCUAUUCAAUAACUACUACUUCAUGGAUAAUGCCACAGCCUCUGACUAUAUGAAAAAUGUCCUUGUUCUGACACUGCCUCCUGCAAAUUCCACCUCAAAUAGCUCUUUCUUCGAGGAUUUCUCACUGGCAAAAAGUGACUUUUCUGUUGCCUACUUGGAUGGAGUCUUGCUCUUUGGACACAUGCUGAAGAUAUUUCUUGAAAAUGGAGAAGAUAUUACCACCUCCAAAUUUGCUUAUGCUUUCAGGAACCUCACUUUUGAAGGGUAUACGGGUCCUGUGACUCUGGAUGACUGUGGGGACAUUGACAACACUAUGGUGCUUCUGUAUACCUCUGUGGACACCAACAAAUACAAGGUUCUUUUGACCUAUGACACACACGUAAAUGGGACUACAUCAGUGGAUCUGAGCCCUACUUUCACGUGGAAGAACCAUAAACUUCCUGACGAUAUUCCAGGCCAGGGACCUCAAGUCCUGAUGAUUGCAGUCUUCACUCUCACAGGAAUUAUGAUCUUGCUCCUGCUCAUUGCUCUCCUGGUGCUGAGAAAAUAUAAAAAAGAAAAUGAACUUCGUCAGAAAAAAUGGUCCCACAUUCCUCCUGAAAAGAUCUUUCCUCUGGAGACCAAUGAGACCAACCAUAUUAGCCUGAAGAUCGAUGAUGACAAGAGACGAGAUACAAUUCAGAGACUACAACAGUGCAAAUACGACAAAAAGCGAGUGAUUCUAAAAGAUCUCAAGCACAAUGAUGGCAAUUUCACCGAGAAACAGAAAAUAGAAUUGAACAAGUUGCUUCAGAUUGACUAUUACAACCUAACCAAGUUCUACGGCACAGUGAAGCUUGAUACCACAAUCUUUGGAGUGAUUGAAUACUGUGAGAGAGGAUCCCUCCGGGAAGUUUUAAAUGACACAAUUUCCUACCCUGAUGGUACAUUCAUGGAUUGGGAGUUUAAGAUCUCUGUCUUGUAUGACAUUGCUAAGGGCAUGUCAUACCUGCACUCCAGUAAGAUAGAAGUCCAUGGUCGUCUGAAAUCCACCAGCUGUGUGGUGGACAGUAGAAUGGUGGUGAAGAUCACCGAUUUUGGCUGCAAUUCCAUUUUACCUCCAAGAAAAGACCUGUGGACAGCCCCAGAGCACCUCCGCCAUGCCAGCAUCUCUCAGAAAGGGGAUGUGUACAGCUACGGGAUCAUCGCACAGGAGAUCAUCCUGCGGAGGGAAACCUUCUACACGCUGAGCUGCCGGGACCAGAAUGAGAAAAUUUUCAGAGUGAAGAAUUCCAAUGGAGUAAAACCCUUCCGUCCAGAUCUGUUCCUGGAAACGGCAGAGGAAAAAGAGCUGGAAGUCUAUCUACUUGUGAAAAACUGCUGGGAGGAAGAUCCAGAAAAGAGACCAGAUUUCAAGAAAAUUGAGAAUACGCUGGCCAAGAUAUUUGGACUAUUUCAUGACCAAAAAAAUGAAAGUUAUAUGGAUACCUUGAUCCGACGUCUCCAGCUAUAUUCUCGAAACCUGGAACAUCUGGUGGAGGAGAGGACACAGCUGUACAAGGCAGAGAGGGACAGAGCUGACAGGCUUAACUUCAUGUUGCUCCCAAGGCUAGUGGUAAAGUCUCUGAAGGAGAAAGGCUUUGUGGAACCUGAACUAUAUGAGGAAGUGACAAUCUACUUCAGCGACAUUGUAGGUUUCACCACUAUCUGCAAAUACAGCACCCCCAUGGAAGUGGUGGACAUGCUCAAUGACGUCUAUAAGAGCUUCGACCACAUUGUUGAUCACCAUGACGUGUACAAGGUGGAAACCAUUGGUGAUGCCUACAUGGUGGCUAGUGGUUUGCCUAAGAGAAAUGGCAAUCGGCAUGCAAUAGACAUUGCCAAGAUGGCCUUGGAUAUCCUCAGCUUCAUGGGGACUUUUGAGCUGGAGCAUCUUCCUGGCCUCCCAAUAUGGAUUCGCAUUGGAGUUCACUCUGGUCCCUGUGCCGCAGGAGUAGUGGGGAUCAAGAUGCCUCGUUAUUGCCUAUUUGGAGAUACCGUCAACACAGCCUCAAGGAUGGAAUCCACUGGCCUCCCCUUGAGAAUUCAUGUGAGCGGCUCCACAAUCUCCAUCCUGAAGAGAACUGAGUGCCAGUUCCUGUAUGAAGUGAGAGGAGAAACGUACCUAAAGGGAAGAGGAACUGAGACCACCUACUGGCUGACUGGAGUGAAGGACCAGGAGUACAACCUGCCAACCCCUCCUACUGUGGAGAAUCAACAGCGCUUGCAAGCGGAGUUUUCAGACAUGAUUGCCAGCUCUUUGCAGAAAAGACAGGCCACAGGGGUAAGAAACCGAAAACCAACUCGGAUAGCCAGCUACAAAAAAGGCACCCUGGAAUACUUGCAACUGGACACGACAGACCAGGAGAGCACUCAUUUGUAAAUCUAAAUGAGGCCCAAGGACUCAGGCAAAUUAAGGAGAGCUGCACUGAGGCAUCGGCCCCUGCUGUCCUGAAAGCCUCCGUUUCCCUGAGACCUCAGGGGAUCGGAAGAAGACGUCGAUUUCUUCCUCUUAGCCUUGGCUGCCUGUCUGGAACAUAGACUUGCUUCUGUGAAUCAGAUCUGCGCUCUCAGUGCAAUAAUUACCUUCUACUCUGGAGUCUGAUCUCAACAGUUGCUCCAGGGAGCUUCGACCUAGGAAAGAAGAGGAACCAAUGUACUAUCUCAAAGUUGAGGAGGUUUUGUUCUUGUUUCAUUUAUUUUGUUUCUGUUUUGUUUUGUUUACUAGCUCUUUUGCAUUCUGUAUUCAUGAUAAGAUUUUUUUAAAUUGUCACAAUUAUUUUUUAAAUACCUUAUCUCCAUUAAAUUAUAUUUAACUCAUAAUUUUUGCAGAAAAUGUGCUAUCUAUUAGGCAGGAAUAAAAG